GGGCUCCGCCCGCCCGCCUCUCGGCCGAGGUUCGGCGGUUCGUCCCGGGUCCUCGCGUAGCUCUCGCUCUCCCUCCCCUCCGGAGCGAGGGCUCGCAGCUGCUCCCGGGGCUUCCUCCCUAAAGUUGCUGUUGCGGCUUCCGCCGCCGGUGCAGGAAGAUGGCGUCGGGCGGCGGCGGCAGCGGCUUUAGUGCCUCGGAACGUCUCCCCCCACCCUUCCCGAUCCCGGAGCCCCCGGGGCCCGAGGGGGCGGCCGGAGGAGGCGGCUCGGAGCUGGAGGCCGGGGACAGCGACGCCGAAGGCGAGGACAUCUUCACGGGAGCCGCCAGUAAGUCCACGUCACUGAAGAGAUCAUCCCCCCCACCGAUCACUAGCAACUCCAAAGAGAAUGGAGUCCAUGAAGAGCUGGACCAAGAGCAGCAAGACCUCUUUGCAGAUGCCACGGUAGAGCUGUCUCUGGAUAACACGCACAACCACCAGAAGGAUGAGUUGGCCAAAGCACUUCCUUCAUUUGCUCCCCAAGAAGUCACAAAUUCUUCAUGCAAGUCACAGCCAAAGAACUAUGAGGAGCUAGAGGAAGAAGAACAGGAGGACCAGUUUGACCUGACAAUUUGCAUAACAGAUCCAGAAAAGAUAGGAGAUGGUAUGAAUGCAUAUGUGGCCUACAAAGUUACAACACAGACCAGCUUGCCAAUGUUUAAAAGUAAACAAUUUUCAGUGAAAAGAAGAUUUAGUGAUUUUUUGGGACUCUAUGAGAAACUUUCAGAGAAGCACUCGCAGAAUGGAUUUAUUGUCCCUCCUCCUCCAGAGAAGAGCUUAAUAGGAAUGACUAAAGUGAAAGUUGGGAAAGAAGAUUCUUCUUCUGCAGAAUUUCUAGAAAAAAGAAGGGCUGCUCUAGAAAGGUAUCUUCAGAGGAUUGUGAACCAUCCCACCAUGUUACAGGAUCCUGAUGUCAGAGAGUUCUUAGAAAAGGAAGAGUUGCCACGAGCAGUGGGUACACAGACAUUGAGUGGAGCCGGUCUCCUCAAGAUGUUUAACAAAGCUACCGAUGCAGUGAGCAAAAUGACCAUCAAGAUGAAUGAGUCUGACAUCUGGUUUGAGGAGAAACUCCAGGAGGUGGAGUGUGAGGAGCAGCGUUUACGGAAACUGCAUACUGUUGUAGAAACUCUAGUCAACCAUAGGAAAGAGUUAGCGCUAAACACAGCACAGUUUGCAAAGAGUCUGGCCAUGCUUGGGAGUUCUGAGGACAACACAGCCCUCUCCCGGGCUCUGUCCCAGCUGGCAGAGGUAGAGGAGAAGAUUGAACAGCUGCACCAGGAGCAGGCCAGCAACGACUUCUUCCUCUUAGCUGAGCUCCUAAGUGACUACAUCCGCCUGCUGGCCAUAGUCAGGGGUGCCUUUGACCAUCGAAUGAAGACUUGGCAACGUUGGCAGGAUGCCCAGACCAUGUUGCAGAAGAAACGGGAAACUGAAGCCAGGCUACUGUGGGCCAAUAAACCUGACAAGCUGCAGCAAGCCAAAGACGAGAUUGCAGAAUGGGAGUCUCGUGUGACUCAGUAUGAAAGGGACUUUGAACGAAUUUCGACAGUGGUCCGCAAAGAAGUGAUAAGGUUUGAGAAAGAGAAAUCCAAGGACUUUAGAAACCACGUGAUCAAAUACCUUGAAACCCUUCUGUAUUCACAGCAGCAGCUGGUGAAGUACUGGGAAGCCUUUCUCCCUGAGGCGAAGGCCAUCUCCUAAAGGACCAAGAAAGCCAGAGCCCACCUUGAAUUUACGCUGCCUUUUUAUACAUUAUACCUCUCCACCUUUAAUGGAUCCCAGUUGCACAUCCUGCUGAGCCUAGAGACUUAACCCCUUUACCCCCCUCCCAGGACCAAGCUGCUCCAGUAAUUCUUCUAACUGUAUUUUUCAUUUAGCUUCCAUAUAUAUUUUCUUACUGAAGAGAAUAGUUUCCUGCUUUAAGCGAAAGAUCUACAGUUAGGUGGUGGGAUUAUGGGGUGGGGUGUUAUUAAUAUAAAUAUAUAAAUAAAAUGUAUAUUUUUCAGGAUGUGGUUUAGAAACUGGGAAUAACGUUUUCUGUUACUCCUGAUGGUGCCAUGAAAAGAUUAUGUAAUAAAAUAUUUAAAAAUCUGGUCCCAUUG